AUGCGCGAGCGAUUCUGCAGUCAAGUGCAGCGCAGCGCAGCGCAGAGCGUCAACGUUAGUGGAGGAGCUAAAGGAUGGUCGCGCCCUGGCACGGUAAUCUUGGCGGCGAUGCAGGGCAUGCUGGCGAGACGGGAACGCGAGACUGACGUGCGAGAAUCUGCUGUGAUUGGUGAAGCAGGAAGUUGGCAUUGA